AUGGGAGACGCUCUCGUCGAGAUUGGGAAGCGGUUCCAGCGACCACGCUGGGCUCGGCUUUUUUAUCGUGCGUCCGAGCGGAAACUCUUCGACGAUAUCGAACUGAUGCGCAAGACGGCUGACCAAGUCGUCAAGGUGCGACGGGCCAAUCCCCAGGGGGGUCGGAGGAAGGACUUACUGACAGCCAUGAUCGAUGCUGCGGACCUGAGAACAGGCAAGAAGUUGAGUGAUGAGAGUAUCACCAACAAUCUCAUUACGUUUCUCAUUGCAGGACAUGAGACAACCGCCGGCACGCUAUCAUUUGCGUUCUAUUCCCUGCUCAAGAACCCAGUCGCGUACCAAACGGCCCAAAAAGAGGUUGACGAGGUCAUGGGAAGGGACCCCGUCACGAUCGACAAGAUUUUCAAGCUGAAGUAUAUCCCUGGGGUGCUUCGCGAGACUCUCCGUCAUUGCGCUCCCAUCCCUGGCUUCUAUCUUGAGCCCCUGGAGGACACUCUUCUAGGCGAGGCGUAUCCCGUCAAGAAGGGCGAGGCGAUCAUCGCAUAUCUGACCAAGACACACCUUGAUCCCGCCGUCUUCGGUGAGGACGCGAAUCAAUUCAAGCCCGAACGCAUGACGGACGCCAACUUUGAUCGGCUCCAGAAGGAGUUCCCCAAUUGCUGGAAGCCGUUCGGUAACGGUAUGCGAGCCUGCAUUGGCCGGCCGUUCGCAUGGCAGGAGAUGCUCUUGGCUAUGUCCGUCCUCCUUCAAAACUUCCACUUCUACAUGGACGACCCUAGUUACGACUUGCGAAUCAUGGAAACUCUGACGAUCAAGCCCAAGGACUUCUAUAUGCGUGCUUCGCUGCGCCACGGCAUGACAGCAAUAGACCUAGAGCGUAGGCUUCGUGGUGCAGGGGGGUUGGACAAAUCAAACGAGGGGCCCGAGGAAGCAUCCGCCCAAAGGUUUGACGGGCCCAAGGGCGCGUCACUCAGUAUCUUGUACGGCUCCAAUAGUGGGACCUGCAAGGCGCUUGCUCAUAGACUUGCCGUCGAUGCCCAAGCACAUGGAUUCAGUGCGACAAGAGUGGACUCUCUCGACGCCGCCAGGGACAGUCUACCGACCAACCAGCCCGUGGUCAUCUUCACAUCGUCCUAUGAAGGUCACCCUCCUGAUAACGCCAGGCACUUCGUGACCUGGCUCGAGACCCUUGUCGGCAGAGAAUUAGGCAGGGUCUGCUACUCGGUGUUCGGUGUCGGCAACCGCGAAUGGGGAAAUACGUUCCAUAAAGUCCCGAAAUUCAUCGACGAGGCGCUGGCACAGCAUGGUGCAAAGCGACUCGCGGCUGCAGGGUUCACCGACGUCUCCAGCAGGGACCCUUUCACCGACUUUGAAACCUGGGAGGAUGAUCUCCUGUGGCCCGCUCUGGAGAAGGAAUAUGUCAUCUCUAAGCCAGACAAUUCGGCCGCCCUCCACGGUCCAUCCGUUCAGGUCUCCGUGCCUCGCAGUUCAAUCUUACGUCAAGAUGUCCGAGAGGCCAUCGUCACCGCUACGAGAGACCUCACACCUCCAGGUGUGCCGGCGAAAAAACACAUUGAGAUCAAACUCCCCACAGGGACCUCCUAUUGUGCGGGUGACUACCUUGCCGUUCUGCCGAUGAACCCGCGGGUGACCGUCGGACGCGUCUUUCGCCGUUUCCAGCUCUCCUGGGAUGCGGUCCUCACCGUCCAGGGCGACCAGUGUACGCCACUGCCUACGGACCAGCCGACGUCUGCGUGGGAUGUGUUGACCGCCUACGUUGAGCUUGCGCAGCCGGCGACAAGGAGGAAUGUCCUAACUCUAGCGGGUUAUGCUCGGGAGGCCGGGGAAAAAGAGCGACUCGAACAACUUGCCGGUGAUCAGUUCCAACAUGAGAUCACGGAGAAGCGAGUCUCGGUGCUGGACUUGCUCGAGAAGUACCCCUCGGUGGAGCUUCCGAUCGGGCUGUUCCUCGGCUUGUUGCCCCCUAUGCGCAUCCGGCAGUACUCGAUCUCCUCCUCGCCCCUGAAAGACCCCCACUGCGUCUCCCUCUCCUACUCCCUCCUCGACGAACCCUCCCUUUCGGGUCAAGGCCGGCACAUUGGCGUCGCGACCAGCUACAUCGCCAAUCUUUCCCCUAACGAACGCCUUCAUGUGGCCGUCCGUCCCUCCCACGUCGCCUUCCACCUCCCCCAGACUCCAGAGUCAACGCCCAUCAUCUGCAUCGCCGCUGGCUCCGGGAUAGCUCCCUUCCGAGGCUUCAUCCAAGAGCGCGCCGUGCAACUCGCAGCCGGCCGGGCCCUGGCCCCAGCACUGCUUUUCUAUGGCUGCCGCGGCAGAGCAGACAAUUUCUACCGCGAGGAAUUCGACCAAUGGGAAAAGGAAGGCGCAGUCACCGUCAAGAGGGCAUACUCCAGGGAAACGGCCAGCGAGGAGGUAGUCGGGUGCAAGUACGUGCAAGAUCGACUGGCCAAGGAAAAGGACGAGCUAUCAGAGCUCUGGAACAAGGGAGCAAAACUGUUCGUCUGUGGUGGUCGAAGGGUUGGGACCGCGGUCGAGAAGGCAUGCAUUGAGUUGAUCAAAGACUCGGUGGUUGGGGACGACCCAAAGAGGUUUUUGGAGGAAUCCGCAACGAGCGCUUUGUCAUGGACCUUUUUGAUUAAGACAAUUGUUGGAGGGUCGCAAUAUAAUUAUGGAUAUGAAACCUGUCAGAUUCUGCAUAAUCUGGUAGUAUGA